GUUAGAACAACUAAAAACAGUUGACAAAAAUUCUAACUAGCAACAUGCAGCACUGAAAUUUAUUGUGAGCUCAAACACAAACAAGAGGUGUAGUAUUUACCAAAUCAAGUUUAACUACUUGCCAAAAAUGAUGCCCGCAAAAACGGAUUCACGUCGCCGCCUCAAUGCCACCAAUGGGGCCACAAUUGGCGACUACACAAAAGUGCCGGAAGGUCAAAGCGUCACAGAUGGGUUCGUGCACGAGCAAUGGGUAGCUCCGAAUGUGGAGGAAACGACUCCGUGGAAGACGAUCGGCAUAAUUCUUACGUUAUUCAUUGGUGGCACGAUAUGCAUAUGUUGUGCUACUUUGGAUUGGCUAGCGGACGUUAAUCAAGAUCGCACCGAUCGCGUCUGGGCGUUGAUCGUAAUUGGAGCACUCACCAUUAUACCAGGCGGAUAUUACUUCUAUAUACUUGCAUGUAUUUUAUUGCGUCGAGGCGGAUACUCGAUGGACGACAUUCGUCGUUUGGGUUAAGAGACCGUACUUAGUAUACACUUAUAUAUCGGUUAUGUAUUGUAUAUUUAUUGCAUUUUCACUAAUGGCAUGUAGUCAGAGAACUCGGCAUUUAUUGUAUA